AUGCAUCGGCCUCAGCUGCAUUCACGGCUCAAUCUUGUUGAGGUGAAAGCUCAGUUAGUAAAGAGACUUGGGCCAGAUAGGUCAAAGCUGUAUUUUUUUUAUUUGGAUAAGUUGUUGAGUUUGAAGCUAAGCAAAGUUGAGUUCAAUCAGCUCUGUUUGAGGGUUAUUGGGAGAGAGAAUGUUAAGAUUCAUAAUCAAUUAAUACGUUCAAUAUUGAAAAAUGCUUGUAAUGCAAAAGUUCCACCUUCUGGAUCGACUCAAUAUGGUGAUGGUCUUGGAUUUACCAGUGAUGGGUAUCAACAAAACAGGGAUGUUUCUCCUUGGGGGGCACAAUCAGGAGUCUCUGUUGGUUCUGAUGGAAAGGUAGAAUUUUCUCAGCAAUCAACAAUUACAGGUAAUAAUGUGGUUUUGGAAAAUGGAGAUUUGGGUUCUCAUGAAAUACAGAAGCCGUGGCAGAAUCAUCAGGUUGUCUCCAAGAAAAUGAACAAUGAGGGGAAGAUUGGGCUUUGUCACCCUGCCAAAGAAAAAGUAUCUGCUGAUGGUUUACCAUCUGUAGAUAGCAAUGGGCAAGGUGAAGUAUUAGUUGGAGAUGGAAUAGAGUUAUCCACUAGAAGUCCUAUUCAAGCACCGCUUGGAUUACCACUAUGCUCAUUUAGUGUGGGUAGAGCCCGCAAGGCAUCACAUUUAGCAAGCAGUGGUAGAUGCUUUAGCUCCUAUGACAGUGGUGGACUGCUUGACACUGAGACACUGAAGAAGCGCAUGCAAAACAUUGCUGCAGCAGAAGGCCUUGAAGGUGUAUCAGUUGACUGUGCUAACUUUUUGAACAUUGGACUGGAUAUAUACUUGAAGAGGUUGAUCAGGUCUUCCAUUGAACUGGUAGGAGCCAGAUGUGGGCAUGACUUGAUGCCAAAAAAUAUCAGCAAUUACCAUAAUCAUGCAAAGCGAAGUGGUGUCUUCCCAGGUUAUCACUUUCACAUGCAAAGUAACAGUAGGCCUUUGGAAGAAAUGAUUGAACAUAGACACGAUCUCCUAACAUCUUCACUCGAUUUCAAGGUUGCCAUGUGGCUGAAACCACAGCAGCUUGGAGAAGACUGGCCAUUGAUCCUUGAGAAAAUUUGCACACAUUCACUCAAUGAAUAA